GCUCCUCCCUUUAAAGUAUCACUUACAAUGGCUGGCAGUAAACAUCAUCAACUCCAUUAUCAUUAUCUUUUGUACAAACAGAAACACGUAGAUCAACUUUCAAUCCAAAGCUUGCUGGACUUUUGCCAUUAAUGUGCGUAGCCUUUAACAACGGGCGUGUCUUCCCGGUGCAUUUUUUGCUGCUUCCGUGCAGCUCAAUGCGGAAGACCAACAGGGAGCUCACAAUUCCUGAUACAUUUGACCGGACCCGAGGCAAUUGUGAUUUUGAGUGAGACCUAAAGUGUUUGACUUGUCAGGUCAAAAAACAUAACCAUGUGGCCAAAUCAAGGUCCUCCCCCUCCAGUGGGCCCACCAAACCCUGCCUACCCUCCUGGCUACAACCCUGCAUAUCCUGCUGCACCUCCAGCAGGAGUCUACCCCCAACCUCAACAUCCAGCAUACCCAGCUGGCCAAUACCCAGCUGGUGUGAACCCAACCAUGGUACCAAAUGCACCACCAGGGGCGAUGCCUUAUGGAGCUCCAGGACCUCAUCCUUAUCCCAUGGCUCCAGGUGGAUAUCCAGGAGUACCUCCUGCAGGUGUUCACCCAGGUCCAUACCCACACUCUCCAAAAGGGGGUCACCAUAAAGGCCACCACAAAGGUCAUCAUCAUGGAGAGGUAUAUCCCAUGCCUGGAGCACUGGCCGGAGGAGUGGCAGGAAUGGGAAUGGGGGUGGUCGGACAUAAAUCCCAGAAAAAGAUGAAGAAGAAGAUGAAAAAAGAACAUAAGGGCAAGCAUGGGCAUCACAAACACGGCAAGUCCUCCAGCAGCAGCAGCAGCAGCAGCAGCAGUGACUGAGACUGAGGCCAGUUCAAGACAAGGUGUUUACAGAAAUGCUGCUUUACAAAAGGGCAACCUGACUAUUAACAAUAAACACACAAAAGUAAUAUUUAUCACUUUUAAUACAAUUUCUGGAAAAAUGCAGUGUUUAUCAUAUCUUGCAUGGCCUAUUUAUACCAGAAAUGAAUGUUGCUGUGAAAAUCUCCACAGCAUUUGGCUGUUUUUUCUUUUCUUAGUAAGAUUAACCUAGAGGUGGAGAAUGAUACAGAUAUCAGUGUAUUUAUUUGUGGGCUAUUAUUUUUUUGUGUGUCUAAUUUUAUGUUCACUACUGCACAUGACUGCAUUACUUUGUAUCUGCACUAAUUGUAAUCAGGGUAUAUAUAAAUGGCCUUAAUUAAUGUUACUCAAUAAAUAGAUGUAAAUGAAAA